AACUAUAAUAAAUGCCACUUUUGUGGACCGCGGAAGAGCUUUCGUGAUCUACUCACGCAUCUCUUCCCUGCUUUUCAAUCCUGUUGAUUAUUCCUGAUGCCUUGUAACUUGACGGGCAUCCCCGGUGCUUCCUGCACAAAUCUGAAAGCAGUGACGUGGAAAGAAGCAGAUUUGCUCCUCGGGAAAUAACAGGGGCUAUCUGGGCACGGUGGUGGAUGCGUCUUGCAGCUCUCACCAUGUCAUUCUCUAAAAGCUUCGCGUGGCUGGAUAUAAUUAUCGCAACUCAGGAUAUUUGAGCGGGAAACACCAUGGACACAGUGGGGAUAAUUCUCUCCCUCUUGGUAGUAGUCAUCAUCAUAGUGUCGUUGCUGUCCAACGUGCUGGUGCUGAUCUGCUUUCUGUAUAGCCCGGAGAUCCGGAAGCAAGUACCGGCAUUGUUUACCCUCAACCUGACCUUCUGCAACUUGUUGCUAACUGUUUCCAACAUGCCUCUGACUUUGGUGGGACUCGUCAACAAUGGUCAAAUUGGCGGCCAGGUGUUAUGUCAGAGCGCUGGUUUUCUGGACACCUUUUUGACUACAAAUUCAAUGCUGAGUAUGGCAGCUCUGAGCAUCGACAGGUGGAUCGCAGUGGUUUUCCCUCUAAGCUAUCACUCCAAAAUGCGACACAGAGACGCAGCUUUCGUGCUUGGCUACACGUGGGUACACUCCGUAUGCUUCUCUACAGUAGCCGCUUGUCUCUCAUGGGUGGGAUACAAUCAACUUUACGCAUCUUGUACUCUCUGUAAUGCCAGAGCGAACAGCAGUCGGACCCAGUUUGUUGUCUUUACAGUGGUCUUCCACUCGCUCACGUUUCUCCUGUCUUUGGUAGUGCUGUGCGUUACAUACCUUAAAGUGCUAAAAGUGGCUCGGUUCCACUGUAAAAGGAUAGACGUUAUUACCAUGCAGACUUUAGUGCUUCUCGUGGACAUUCACCCAAGUGUUCGACAGCGAUGCCUGGAGGAACAGAAGAGACGGAGACAGAGAGCCACCAAAAAGAUCAGCACCUUCAUCGGCUCGUUUGUGGUGUGCUUCGCGCCCUACGUGAUUACAAGGAUUGUGGAGCUGUUUCCGGUAGUGCCUAUCAACUCUCACUGGGGAGUUGCCUCCAAGUGCUUGGCUUACAGCAAAGCGGCCUGCGACCCAUUUGUUUACUCUCUGCUGAGGAACCAGUACAGGAAGACGUGCUCCGACAUCAUCAACAAAAUCUUGAAACGGAGCUCUCUCAACACGUCGGGGCGACAGCACGAGAACGGGAGGAACAACUUCGUUCAGACCGCCGAGGGAACCCUUCCAUGAAAAACGGACCCGUCCACUGGGGGCAUGUGGUGCUGAGGGGAACUAGCCGUGUGCCAAGGCCUGUGGAAGCAGCUCUGCUUUUGAAAAAAAUCAGAAGAGUGCGAGGGGAGGGUGACAGAGUUGAGUGCUUCAUUGUCAUCUUUGGGCAUUUUGACUGGUUGCCAUCCCAUGUAGCUCAACACUCUUGAAAACAGAACAUGUGUCCCCAAGACUUAACCCUGAACAUCCAAGACUUCUGAGGAUGGAUCGCCACCUUCAUCUCAUGAGGCAUGUCAAACAGGAGAUGUUGUACUCAAAGCAAGACAUUUUUUUCUGAAGAUUUGCUGGUGAUCACUUGUAUGGAAGAAGAAUAAUAAUAAGAAGAAGAUGUAGUUUGACAUGUCCCUUCCUGCUUUAGAAUGGUGGAUUCGUCACUGAGGUCACAAGGUACUGCUGCUUUGCUUCCUCAUUUGUUUUCAGAUUAAUUUAUUUUAUUUAAAAAAAAAAUGUGACAUCAACCAUGAAGAACAUAUUGUAUAUGUGAACAGAUUUGUUUCCAGGGGAACUGUGUUCAUUUAUGUGGAAGUGUUGCAGUAAGGACCAAACAGCUCACCGAGAAUGCCAAAGGGGGAUUUUCUGAAUGCAUUAUUAACGGUAUGAACACACGUCCUCUGGUUCUCGAAAGGUUUCUGUGAAAAACACCCUCUGAAAAAAAAUCCUGAGUAAAAUGGAUUGGAAGGCAAAGCAUUUCUAAUUUCAAACAGAUGAGUUUAAUGCACUGAGUGUUUGUUCCCCCAUAUUUGUGCUAGAAACGCCCAUGUUUUUUAUUUUUGUUUCUAGUUCUAAGAUGCACACUUCCCUCGUGCCGUAUAUGGCGUGCUGAACUGCAGCAGAGUGGUCAACAGCCUCCCAGUCUUCCUGCCUAUCACCCACAGAAAUAGUUCACAUGUAGCCAAGAAGGGAGGUUCUCGGUGGAACGGGAGCAUCCAGUCCGAUAAUGGAUAACCUGAUGGAAGUUCACAGUUUCCUGUAGAGCUUGGUCAUUGCUUUUCUGAAACCAAUUAACAGAUGUACCCCCCAGUUGUGUCCAUCUUAGGACAAAGCUAUAACUAUUGUUAACACCCCUGCCUUCCUCUCACCCCCAAAUCGUUCUCCUGCUGAUGUUACUGCUGAAGAUAGCCCCUCUGGUUGUUUGAUCAACUGUAGCAUAAUUGCGAUGGCUUGCCUGGACUAGCCUCCGCAACACAGACCCUACUUAGCCUUUGUCUCUGUGCCUGUCUGAGUCCCUUUCUCACUGCACUCACUAGGCUCAAAAGAAAAUAACCUCUUUGGUAACAUAAUAAUAUUAAUAAGUCAUUAACACGUCAUUAAGAACCACAAACAAAUCAUUAGUUCAUGAGUGUUCUAAAGCUUGAGAUUGCGAGUAAAUGAUUUCUGUUAAGCUUAUGUUUUACAUAAUGUGUUUGUUGACAUUUACUAGUGAGAUAAAGAGUAUGUGUUAGCAAACCAUUUAUUGUUCUGAAGGAAAUCAGUAAAAUUAUAAUAAAGACCACGUAAAACUCUUUCAUUUUAUGAGUAAAAGUUGAUUUGUAAAGCUGUUAUUAUUCAUUUUCCAUUUUUAGAGCUGAAUACACAUAUGUAAUAUAUGUUUGUCUUGCAUUCAUAUUUAUUAAGUACUUAUUCAUCACUUACAAAUCUUUUUGCAGUAAUCUAAAACUGUUGAAACUGUUCAUCCAAAGUUAAUCAGCCAUUAGUAUUCCUUAUGCAAUAUUUAUUCAUCACUUAUCGACUUUCUACAGUACCUCAUUUAAAGGCAUACUAUGCAGGAUUUUCACCAUGGUAUUAUUAUAGAAUAACCAUUACUAUGAUGCACUGGAAAUCUGUGUCUGCCUGUUUGUCUUGUAUUUGUUAUUCAAAAAAUUCGGAACAUUUCUGGGCAUGACACUUUUUUCUUUGCGUGCUGUAUCUGAAAUUCAUAUGGUCAAUAGAGGAAGAAGGAGAAGAAGAACAAGAAAUGUGUAUGAAUUGACUACAGUGGUGCGUUUCCAGCUGGGUUAGUGCUGGAGAUAGGCUCGCCUUGGUGGCUAACCUAACACUAAUCAACUGGCUGGUCAAUAUUCAGAAACAUUAGGUAGCAUUGUUAGCUAACUAAAGUCAAUUAUGUUCGUCAAACUAGCUGGCCGAAAAUUUCCUGUGGGUCCGAUAUCUUACAGAGCAGCAGCUUUAAGAUUCCAAUCCACUUCUUGCGGAUCAUAUUAUUUGUUGCCUAUCUUUAGCUAAGUAAUAGGGGUGAGUGAGUUCAGUUGAAAAACCUAAUAUGGUGUAUAAGUUAAGUAUUCUUUUCUGUACACAAGUGCAGUUUGACUACUACAGACCAAUAUCCGUGGUCGGAGAAACACAUUGCGUUUUUCAUUGAAUUAAAAUCUUCGGUAAGUGUGCGGUAAUGUGCAUUUGUUUCCACAGAUGGUAGCCGGUAGGUUGCAGCAUGGAGGUCUUUUUGGCUACGUCCCUGAUCUGCUUAAGGGGGAAAGCUUCCCCCCAUUGAGCUACACAGUGGGAGAGGCAUUAUGUAAAGAUGCAAAUAAAUAGAUUAAUAAAUUAAUUAAUUAAUAAAAGCAACAAUUUAUUGAUGUGGUUGUGAAUAUGUGUGCUUAGGCUACACUAUAGAAUUUUGCCUUGCUUCCAGGCAGGCAAUGGCAGACUGAAACCCACUGUUGCUGAGCAGUUACUCGAGUAGGUCUGUUCCAUAACCACUAAGGUAAAGCCCUGUAACUUUGCUGCGUAUCAUAGCAAAGUGGGAGUUUUUGCAAAUAUGUAAGUUGAGCAUUUUGGCAUACUUGUCGUUGCCUGACUGGUAUGAAUGCAGCGAUUGCACUUUCUGAAAGAGACUUAAUCGUAUGAUGCUAUAAAGCUACCAACAUAGCUAGAUAGGGCACAAUAUCAUCUGGUUCAUUUGUUGGUGCGUGAGCUUUGUUAUCUUGGGGAUGUAGGCUGGGUUGAACACGGAGGAGGAGACAUUUUUGAUUGUAAACACAGGAGAGAGGCAAGGAAAGUAGUCCUGCAUAGUAUGACUUUAACAUUGAAAUUGUUCAUACUACUGUCAAGGUAUGGAGAGGUCUCCAAACUAUUAGCAACAUUUCAAAUGAACACAUUUUGGAAAACAUUAGUAUCAUUUACUAACAUUUGAAAGCUUUGGAAUACCCAUUAAUUAAUGAUUUGCUCAUGGUUUUUAAGGCCAGUAAUGAACAUUAUUAAAAGGUAAAACGUGUUACAGACUUGACAUACAUCAAAUAUUAUAAAUAUUGUUUCUAAACACAACAUAUCAUGAUUGAUAUGUAUUAUUUUUAUGAAAUAUAUCUUUUUAAUCGAAUGUUCGGAAAAGUGAUGGGUACAAUGUCAGUAUUGGAUAUUUGAAAAUUAGUAAAUUUUCAGCAGACGCUCUUGGCUGUUAUUUGGUCCCUACUCUGGGUUGUUGGUCCAUGUCUGUCUAUUUUCUGUAUCAGAACUAGAAGGACUCUGUAUCAGAAGAUUUUUUUGAUUGAACCCUACAUGUUGCAGGCUCAGCUUAAACACGCGCACACAAUAUUUUGAACCGAUUAAGGAAACAAGUAUUUUUGCCUGUCUUAAGUGUGGAGUAAGCAAAUCAUGAGCUUGACAUGAUGCACAGUGCAUUGUGCUAGGCAGAUGCACUUUUCUGAGUCUGUUUUGUGCUUGAAUGGCAAAUUAUCCCACAGGAGGACAAUCUCAGCAGAAGCGUAAUAUCUAUAGGGCACCAUGCUGAUGUCCCAGAUAGCAGGAGACAUUGAUGGAAUUGUAGGCAUAUACAGAUUAUUAUGCUGUAACAGAAGAGUCACUAUCAUAAUUUAAAUGUGUAUGCAUUUUAAUUGUUUACACAAUUUUAAUUGUUUUAAUUGGUUAUGCAUUAUUGAUAAGUAUUAACUGAAGCAGGAUUGAUGUUGGUUGCGUUAACCAUCAGUGCUGCCAUCUGAUAGGACAAUGUAUGGGCAUGCCAAAGAUAAUACAUAUUUUCCACAUGGCAGGAUGUUUACUUCCCGAUCACUGCGUACUGCCGUUUACUUUUAAAUGGUAGUGUUGACUUCCUGACCACUGCAUACUGCCAUUUACUUUUAACUGUCUACUUUAACUGUCAUUCAAGGGUAAAUACAGGGUCAAUUGAAUGACUUUUUGCUGCACUUAUGUUAUUGGUUAAAUGGAAGCUAGUUAGCUCUGUAACAUACUGCUUCUCAACUGUCAAUAGAUCAUUUAUUUGACGGCAUAAGAUGAGGAGCUCUGUCUUUUUCACAAAUGGAACUGACCUAGUGUGCUUGAUGUGAUUGAAGUGAUGCAGUAUUGAACAGAAAAAGGUGAAAUUGCAGUUGUCAUUCAGUUUAGCCACAAUUUAUAUUGAAGACAAGCAAACAACAGUGACAAAAUUAAAUCAAUAUAUAAAGCAGUGAAUAAAUUGUAUAAUAAUAACAGUUUAUGACCGGUGUUUUUUUUUUUUUUUGUACUGACAUUGGAAUCAUAUGGUUCCAGUGUUUAUGAAUGCGUAAAGGAACACUAAUCAGUUAUCAAAUUACUUUUUGUUUGUUUGUUUGUUUGUUUUCCUGCUGAGAUUUACUUGUUCUUUUCCAAACAAAGAUGAAUGAUGCCUUAAAUGUUUCAAUGUGAUUCUUGUAGCAUACAUCCUGUUCAGUUCUGUGAGGUCAAAUGAAUGGAACCUGACAGGUCAAACCAUCACAAUAAUUGGAAAGAUGUUUGAUGGGAUGAGUAAUUUAUUGCCUUAUGACUUAGUUUCUGUGUUUUCCUGUAGAAAUCUUUGUUCAGUAUAUUCACGUAUGAACUUGUUUUUCUGUUGUUUUCAUGAUGCUAGUUUGCACUGAAAUAGUUUUAAAAUAUACAUUUUACAGGUAUGACUGUUGAAAUAAGGAUAUGUUGACAUGCAGUAAAGUUGGUGAGGUAGUCUUCGAUUUAGCAAAAAUUACUUAAAUUAAGUGCAGUAUUAGAUUGUAUUUUUGACGAUUAUGUUAAAGCAGCGAAGGAAAAAUUAUUGAUAUUUCUUGUAUAAUUUUAACCGAUGUAAAUGAGCUGAAUACAUUGUCAAAAGUAUUAUUGAAUGUGUGGCUUAUGGUUGUAGUUAGUUGAUUUUUAAACUUUGUAUGAUCAUUUUCAGAUUAUGAGAUUGAACCUACACAGAUAUUGCUGUGUGAUGACUGAAAUAGUAGCUCCCUCUGUACACUCUGAAAUUAUGACAGCUAAUGAAAAAUAGAUUAUGUGACUGAGCAAUAGGUAAUAAUAGUAACAACAAUAAUAGUAAUAAUACGAUUCUUAUUCUUAUUCUUAUUCUUCUUCUUCUUCUUCUUCUUCUUCUUCUUCUUAUUAUUAUUAUUAUUAUUAUUAUUAUUAUUAUUCAUAAUAUGGGACAGUGCCAUACAUAUUUAUGUCUUGUGGUUGACAUGAAAAUUACCAAUUAUUCAAGCUCCUCAAGUUUUGAGUCAUAGCUGUCCCUAAAAGAAGGAGAAAAUGAUUCUGUCUUUAAUGAAGGGUUCAAUUUCAUUUCAACAUUUUUUGCGUGCUUUACAAUUCAAACAGCAUUAAAACUGUAUUGCAUUCAACAUGCUGGAGUACAUCAGAAAAUUGUAUCUGACAUGUAUGUUUAUGCUUACAGUAUGUAUUUGCUAUUGGCUGACAUCACCUAGACUGACAUGUUUUAUGUGAAAAUCCUGGCUUCACAUUGCCGGUACAUAUUGUUGAUGUACUGACCAAAUUUACCAGUCAACAAUUUCAGUUACUAAAAGGCAAUUCUGUGUAGCUGACAAUAAAAGGUCUAUUUUUUUCUGUAAGUCAUUUGUCAAACCAUGUAAAGGGAAAUGGUGGUAUAUAUUUUUGUUAAAAGCAGGCAGUGUUUACUGAAAUCUAUUGUAAAUUUAUCUAAAUAAAUUUGUAAUGUUUAAAUGAUGCUCCUUUGAAUAAUGUUUUGUCAGUGCUAAAGUAGUUUUAAUUGUAUAAAUCCUGUUGAGGUAAUAAAUUUCAAUAAUCUA